CCUGGUGGGAAUGUGUUACCACAUUAGCCUGUUGGGUCCCACAGAGGAAGAUAACUUGUGGAAAAAGUCAAAGAACGUGCGCGCGUGCGUGCCUUGUCGUGUCGUGCUGUGCGCGCGCGGGCGCGCGUGUGUGGGGGGUGUUUUUUCCUCCUCUGCCCGGUUUGGGAUUUGCUGGUCGGUGACAUGCCUCCCUCCGCCUGGCUCCUUAUAGCCCCGGGGAGGCAGGAAUCCCGGACGAGUGGUACGGACAUCGCCGACUGAGACCGCAAACACGGAGCGGAGCGUUCCCCUUUAAACACGGUCUUAUGACUGCAGGCUGCUUCAGUGAGAGACGACCGGCGGACCGACACAGAGACUGACAGCCGGGACAGCAGAGCACUGACUCAGUGACAGACAGGACACAGCUCCUCUGCAGAGGCUGAAUGGUUGCUGCCAGUCUGAGAGAGCAGCUGCUCUUCACUUAAACGGAUACUACCUCACCUGUCCGCAGUCUCACAGGAGAUUGAAUUUUGGACCACCUGCAGCACUGAGGACAUGUGUCGCCUGCCAGUGGCUUCCCUCUUCGUUUGCUUCUGGUUGGUGGAGAGAAGCCACUGCAACGGCAGCCUUCAGGACAGCAUGGGAGAGCUGCACACCAGGUUCGCCGUCAGCCUCUACCAGACGCUCACCGAGACGGAGAACAACUCAAACCUGAUAGUGUCACCGGUGAGCGUCUCCUUGUCCCUGGGGCUGCUGCAGCUCGGGGCCCGGGGCAACACGCUGGCUCAGCUGGAGGGAACACUUGGAUACAAUGUGAACGAUGCACAGGUACAAGACUUCCUGUUGCACUCACAGAGUGACAUGGGCAACACCAGCCAGGGGAUGUGGCUGCAGCAGACCUGCACAUUAUUCAUCCAGAGCGGUGUCCAACUCCUGACUGAGUUCACGCAACAUGCAGCUGCCUGGUCCAACACCAGCGUGGUUCGAGCCAACUUCAGUCAACCCAACCACACUCGCAGCCAGCUGGCGCGAGCUGGACACAACCACGAUGAGACGUGGCCCCUCCAGGCAGGAAGCAGCAGCGGGGAGCUCUCCGGCUCAGGCGAGGCCCAGGGAGAGGCCCUGUGGUGGGGCCAUCGGCUGCAGAUGGCCCUGGUCAACACGGUGGCCUUCAGGGGCGUCUGGCAGAAACAGUUCCUCUUCACCAACACACAGAACCUGCCCUUCCUCCUCUCUGAUGGGACUGCCAUCAAGGUGCCCAUGAUGUAUCAGGCCACAGAGGUCAGCUUUGGUCAGUUCAGGACUGCCUCAGACCAGCGUUACACAGUGCUGGAGCUGCCGUACUUGGGCCGCUCUCUGAGCUUGCAGGUGGUCCUCCCCAGUGAGAGGAAGACGCCGCUGUCCUCCCUCGAGUCCCAACUCACUGCUCGCCAGCUGGCCUCCUGGGACACCGGCCUGCGCAGAACCAAGAUGGACAUUUUCCUGCCCAGGUUCAGAAUGCAGAAUAAAUUCAACCUAAGAUCAGUGCUCCCUGCUAUGGGCAUCAGUGACGCCUUUAACCCAACAGCAGCUGACUUCACGGGAAUAUCAGUGGAGGAGGGUCUUUAUGUGUCUGACGCCUUCCAUGAAGUGAGAAUAGAAGUCACAGAAGACGGGACAAAAGCAGCUGCUGCUACAGCUAUGGUGCUACUCAAACGAUCUCGUGCUCCUGUUUUCAAGGCGGACCGGCCGUUCUUAUUUCUUCUGCGACAGAGUAACACAGGAUCCAUCUUGUUCAUGGGCAGAGUGAUGAACCCAGCUGACCAAGCACCUUGAGACUCUUCUAAACAACACCUCACACACACACACAUACACUCCUUCCCUGACCCCUAUUUCACUACCGGUAUUUAUUUGUGGACCAACAGGAGGGUCCUCGGACACUUCCGGAAGAGGGACAAUAUUUUUGUACAUAUCUGUAAAUAAAAUUUUAAUACAUGUUUUUACA